CCAAUCUACUUUGAGGGUGAUCGGCAGGAGUGGCGCCUCGGUUUGGGGUUGAGCUCCAAUGGCACAGUCCAUACACUGGGCCAGUUGGAGUUUGACAGCCGCUUUCGCGCAAGUCAAUUUAAAAUCAUCCGGCGGACGUGCCCAGAUUGCGACGGAGCUUUUCAGGACAUUUACUACAGAAGGUUGACCGACAUGCCGAUGAGUUUCUCUGCCUACACAAUGAUGGCGUGCGAAUGGACAUCGGUGGAUAAUGUCGAAGGCGCUGAUUUCAAGAUCUACCCAACUUUGACAGACGCGCUUGAUGACAGCAAUGCUUGGACCUCUUACGCCUUUGGUGGCUCUGGCAUUGGAUUUCCAGCUACGUCUGGCCCAACGUCAGCUUCAAGCGAUCAGUACAGCAGCAUUGCCGUAGAUAAGUGUACAACUUCAUCCACGGGCAAGAGCGGCAACUUUUACAUUUAUGACUAUGCCUCGUCGGUGGUGCCCGGCACGUGCACACGCUCGGUUGGUACACUGGGAAGCGGUGCGGAAUGUGAACAUAGUGGAACAUCAGACUCUGAAGCUCGCUUGGGAUUCCUGAUGUUUACCAAGGAAACUCGGGAAAGUCGGUGGUCCUCUCAAGCAACUGGCUUUGCAGAGAACUUUGCGUGUGUACGCUUCACAGGGAUAGAGUGGCAAUACCUUGAAGGUGCAACGUGGACGCAGUUUGUGCCCUUGCCCACUGAUGUGUUGCUAGCACGCAUUGAGUUUGACAACAGCAGCAUCACGGAUCUAAAAGGCGAAGACGAGGAAUUCUUCACAGUGAAAAAGGGGUACGUGGAUGGUGACCUCGAAUUCUCGAGUUCUUCGCUGGCCUCUGGCAUCGUGGAAAUCGUUGGGACUUCCUUUGUGGCUCGAUGUGGGGAAGAUCUUUGGUGCCGCAACGGAAGCCGUCCAGAGGAUGUCACUGGCACAUUGUACUGCUGCGAUGCAUCAUGUGAAACUUGCGGUGGUGAAGACUGCGGUUCUGAUGAAGCAAACAACAUUUGUUGUCUGGACACGCUACUGAAUGCGGGAAGGAUUUGUCGAGAUCAUGAUGACGUGUCGUGCUUGAUUCCAGAGGCGUCAGUCUUGUGUGGUGGCAACUUGCAGCUCAACAACUUCGCCUCAGCAGAGGCAAUGGCAGCCGCAGGUUGGACAAUAAAUACAAGCGAUGCAAAUGUGUGGCUAGCAGAUGGGUAUAUUGGAUACCGAGGUUCACCAUCUGCUGGCAUUGCUCUGACAUUGUCUGGCUACGGAACUUUAGACCUGACUUUUGGCAAUGACAACACUUCAUCCAGCGACACCGUGGAGGUUUUUCUGAAUGCGGUCAGUGAAGCAACUGCAACGAAUUCCGAAUCACCAAAGACAGUGGCCAUUGACUUCACGCACGGGAGCAACCUGGAGAUCAAAGCCAAUGGUGAUGCUGUGAUUGGUGUGAGAGGUCUUGCGUUCAAGUGCAUGAUGCAACAGGCCUUGCGGAGGGUAGUUAUCAAAGAGGGUGAAUUUGAUGCACCAGGAGAAUAUACUUCUUGGCCUGCCGAAGCUUGCUAUCAUGAAUAUGAGCUCGCAGGCACAUGGAGUGGAAGUGUAAACCUCAGCAGUUCCAGUGUGUCUACCGCCUCCGAAGGGCUUUUCACAGUGCAAUACGCAUGCUCUAAAGACAGCGUGGAAACCACCAGGUCGAUGAUUGUUGAGGUUCGCCAUCCAAUCAAGCUGGAAGGCCUGACAAACAUGAUUCUUCGACAAUCAGAUGGAAGUUUCAGUGAACCAGGAGUUUCCUGCAUUGACCGGGACCUGAAGCCGCUGUCAGUGUCCAGCUCUCCAGCUUCGCUGCAACUGGAUGAGGUUGGUGAAUUUAGCAUCACCUACUCGUGCGUGGAUAGCAAAGGUAGAACUUCGACUAUGGUGAGAUAUGUCCAAGUUUCACCUGCCAUAGAGCUCCGUGGCGAUGCUGUUGUUGUGCUGGAGAAAGAUUCCACUUGGAAUGAUCCUGGUGCACAAUGUGUCGAUACAAAUGGUGGGCUCAUUAUCUACACUGCCAGCCCGGACCUCAAUAUGUCCACAGCAGCAGAAACUACAGUGACCUACUCCUGCACUGACAGCAAUGGUACAGUUUGGACAACAAGCAGGCUUGUCUAUGUCACCAGCAACCUGCCGGCACCUGUUUUGCGCGGACCAGCGUCCAUGACUCUUCUCCUUGGAGAAGAGUUCAACGAUCCUGGAGUUUGCUGCAAAGAUGACCACAAUCAAGUGCUGCCGUUCCGGGAAGUACUGAACGAAGCGGACUCUUCAAGAACAGGGACGCAGAGUCUUUUCUACAGUUGCUCCAGCCUCGGUGAGUCAGAAAGCGCUGUGAGAAAGAUCACGGUGAACAAUGUCCCGAAGGUUUUCCUCACAGGUUCUUCGGAGACCUUGGCACUACUGGAUGUAACAUAUUCAGACGAUGGUGCAGUUUGCACUGAUGUGGAGGAUGGGCUCAUCACAGCUUGGGGCGCCAAUGGGCUAGGCUCAGCCCAGCAACUAAGUAUCCUCCGCGUGGGGUACAGUGGUACAGUGCUGGAUGGUGUAGUGGAAAACAUUUUUGAUGGAGAUGUGGCCAGCUCUGAAGAGCUAGCAUGCGAAUCAUGCGUAGAAGUUGACUCUUCUAGUUACAUAUGGUUGGACUUGGGUUCCGGCAAGGUGGUGCACUCCAUUUCCUUAACGGCGUCUGUGACGGGGGCAAGCUUGAAGGUUGGACCGCAGGCUAACAAAGGUCCCGAGUGCAAGGCAAGUGUCACCGAAUCAUCUUUGGGAAGUGUGAGCACCAUAGAAUGCGAUGCACCCCUAGCAGGUCGCUUUGUCACCCUUGGUGGGUCGAGCACAUCGAUGAAGGUGUGCGAGAUAAGCAUCUCUGGCACAGUUGGGCCAGCUGCUGCAUCCCGCAUCAACAUCACCGGCAGUCCCUCUGGAUGCUCGGGGGUGGAUUCCAGCAGCUUUGAAUUGGCUGGCCAGGAUGAGGCAGGCCUAGGUGUGCUGUACUCCACUCAGCAAGCUGGUUCCAGUGGCGAGUUGAGAACUGACCUCGGUACAGGUCCCACUUUGCAGACUGAGCUUGUUGCUGGUUACAUCCAAGGGACUCCAGAUUCUGAGCGAUGGAUCCUUCGAAAUGCAAGUGGGAGCGAACAAGCUUGGGCAAUGGGAGGCGAGAGCUUCCCACCCUUAGAAAGCAGCCAAUGGACAGUCACAUCUGGAGAGGCAUGUACGAGUCUUACUUUCGGUGUUGAUCCAGCGGAUUCGUGCUCAUGGCUUUUUGGACCCUCCAGUGAGGAUGGCAAGUAUGGCUGCGGUGAUGGAAGCGAGUGUGACACUGAAGGCUGUUGCAGCUUGAGUGGUGGCCUUGCACGCUGUCCACCCGAUCUCCCUCGCAUGUGUGUAGCACAGACCUGUGGAGGUGACUACUGCUGCAAAACCGACUGCACUUCCUUUGAUGGAAAUCGCGUUUGCCAACAAAACGCUCUUUCCAACAGCACUGGCAGCGGCACACUUUCAAGGAUGGAGGUAGUUACCUCUGUGCUAUCGGACGUGGCCGCCAUCUACAAGGUGACAUAUACGUGCUAUGAUUCUAUGGGUUCACACGCGUCAGUCACCCGAACAGUGGAAGUGGGAUGCGAAGAGCCAAAUCCGGGUGGAACCUACGGCGGUAAUCGGGUUCAAUGCAGCACGGUGAACAAGACGCUUGAAGAUGUGGGGACCUACGAGGUUUGCGAAACUAGCUGCCUUGCCGCGAGCUCUUCCGAAUGUGUGGCAUAUCAAUACUUUGACAACAAGACGUGUCAGUUCUUGACGUUGUGCACAGGACGGUACUACAUGCUUGCCAACGCAACAGACCGCCAAGUGGCAUAUUGCCGGCGUGUUGACACAGUGCCAACGGUUUCGAUUGAAGAUGGUGAGACGACUUUCCUUGUGGGAGCUUCAUCGAUCUCCGUUCCUGAUGCGUCAUGCUCCGAUUCGGAAGAUGGGGGGACAAUAAAGGCGCCCGUGGUCGACAGUUCGGCUGUCAACCUAGCCGUUCCAAACAACUACCAGGUAAUCUACACUUGCACUGACUCUGCGGGGCAGUCCUCAUCGGAAACAUUGACGGUCACCGUGAAAGACAAUUGCGCGGUUCCGGACGUGACAAAUAAGAACACUUCCACCGGAUACUGCUUGGAAGGAAGCACCCUAGCGCAUGGAGAGACAUGCACGUCAUCAUGCAAAGCCGGAUUUGAAGCGCGACAUUCAACUCACACAUGCACGACAGAAUCCGACACUGACUUCGACUCAUUUUUGGACCCCACAGAUUAUAUUUGCGAUGUGUUGCCAUGCGAAGAGCCUGUGGUUGCCAACUCCGCAGUUGAUGAUGGCCCUUUGGCAUCAGCCGGCGCAAUGGAGACAAUGGUCUGA